GGCCGCGCGGGAGCCGCGGCGGGAAGAGGAUGAGCAAAAGCAGGAGCGACGCGGCGGAGGCCCCCGGGCUCCUCCUGCGCCACCUGCGGGCCCAGAACCGUCCGCUCAGCGCCCAGGACGCCUGCGGGAACCUGCAGCCGCAGCACGGCAUCGGCAAGACGGCUGUGUUGAAGGCACUGGAGCAACUGGUCCAACAAGGCACGGUCAGGGAGAAGGUGUAUGGCAAGCAGAAAAUCUACUUCGCCGACCAGGGCCACUUUGACACUGUGAACGAGACAGACCUCAAAAGGCUGGACGAUGACAUCGCCUCUCUGGCGGCCCGAAUCCAGACCGUGCAGCAGGCCUGCCGCCCGCUAGAAGCCGAGUUGAAAGAGUUGACCGGCUCACUGACCACACCAGCCAUGCGCAGCGAGAUCCAGGUCUUGCAGGAAGAAUGUGCUGGCUACACGGAGAAGCUGAGGAAAAUCAAAAGUGCCAGCAACCACGUGACCCCAGCGGAGAAGGAAAAGGUAUACAGCGAGAGGCAGAAGUACUACAAAGAGUGGAGGAAACGGAAGAGACUGGCCUCAGAGAUGUGCGAUGCCAUCCUCGAGGGUUACUCCAAGACCAAGAAGCAGUUCUACGAAGAAGUUGGGAUAGAGACAGAUGAAGAUUACAGCGUCACCAUGCCACCCCCGUGAGCCACCGCAGCCGAAUGCGGAGAACAGGGCUCCGGACGGGUUCACUCUGAGCCAGGUUGGGGCUUGGGCCGCGGCAGCCACUGUGGAAAAGUGUCAAACUCCAACACGCUGCCAAGUUUAUUGUCA